AUGUCUUACACUACUAGUAAUCGAUCCGGGGAGAAGCCCUCCUCGCUAGCAUGCCUGGCAUGCCGGAGGAAGCAUCUCAAAUGCGACGGUGUGAUGCCAAUCUGUGGACGGUGCCGCAAAGCCCAGCUUGGAUGCCAUUACACGCCUUCUCGUCGAGGAUAUAAGCCUGGCUCCAGGAGCCAGUAUGCAGUAACAUAUACGCCCGUACCGCUGUUGACUCCCUCUUCCGAAUAUACCGUCCCGGCGGCCACCCUACAGUUGACGCCGCAACUGUCGACCUUCUCAUUCGUUAGCACGCCUCUCCCAGGCACCGUUUCGACCGCGGAGGAUUUCUCUUCAGACCAGAGCAGCUCGGUUCCUACCUGGCAGACCGCAGACCACCAUAGCAAUAACAAUCAUAGCAGCAACAACGGCAGUAACCAUAACAACAAUAGUCUCUAUAACCAGACUUCGUUAUGCGUGGAUAAACCCGUUGCGUCUGCAGCGGUGGUCCCGGGGCUGGCGGGAGGAGCCCAGUAUACAGUCACAGAUUUACAGGGGGAUUCAUACCUCAUCGACUUUUACUAUGCGUACUUUCACGACUCCCAUCCCAUACUGCCACCUGCACACUUCUUGCCUCGACUGUAUCCUCUUCCUCCCUGCCUCGAAGCCACCAUCAAAUUCAUAGGCGCACAUUUUGUUUCAGGUAUAUCCCCAGAUGCCUACAGGCCGACCGUCACAUCAUCGAUUGCGGAAAGCAAUGGAUCUUGCUAUAAAGUUCAGGCUCUGCUGCUACUUUCCAUCACUUUGCAUGGACGUAAUGAACGAGGGGAGGGUGUCAAAGCCUUCACCGAGGCAGCAGCUUUGGCAAUGAAAUUGGGAAUGAAUAUGAGAACGUUUGCUCCCAGUGUUGUAGGCGAGGACGCUGUCCUGUGUGAGAACAUAAGACGGACAUGGUGGGAGGUAUAUAUGAUUGAUGCGAUGUUUUCCGGGUUCGACCAGACCCCAUGCCAGAUUCCAAGCACUGUUAUCAUGGAUGUUCCCCUCCCCUGUGAUGACCUCAGCUAUUCAGCCGGCAUAUACCUGACUGAAUCGCCAACUGCCGCUCAAUUCUAUGACAGAAUCUUUGAAGACGAAGAAGGAAGCAAGGAGUACUCGUCGUAUUGCCAUGCAAUCGAAGCCUCAAGAGUGCUGAAACGCACCCUCGACCUCACCUAUGCUCCAGAAGACCCUGAAUAUGACCAAAUAGAGUCUAUAGAUGCAAGUAUUGGCAGCUGGUUCCAUCAUCUCCCGCCUUCGAGGCGCGAUAUUCUCGCCGUAGACGACCAAGUGGACCAAGUCAUGUUCCGUGCCUUCAUGAUAAUUCACUGCGCAUCGAUAUACUUGCACACUCCCCAGUCCAACCUGCUGUCUACCCCUGUAGCCAUGUCUAGCAUUCCCUGUGCUAGGCGCUGGAUACGGUUGCUCAGAACGAGCCCUUCCACCAACCUAACCCAUGCCGUCAAAUCGAUCAAGGCUGCCAAUGGCCUGGCAAACCUUGCAGCGCUGAGAUCACCAAGCAUAAAGCAUUCGCCCUUUUUCAUCUGCGGCAUGGUUUUGAGUGCGCUCGUGCAGCUCUGCGCAUGCUCCAUUCGCGCCUCGGAUACACUGGAACCUCGUCGGGAUCGUAUAGCGUUGCUUAUAGGGGAACUCAAGUCCUUGGGCCCGACAUGGUCGAUAUCCAGGCUGGUAAUGCGGCAUAUCAAGAUGGUUGCGAGGGAGGUGCUUGACAUUGGCGUCCGACCACCAUCCUACUCGGCCAUCGAGGACACUGGCCCUGACAUCGCUACCAUUGUCAAUAAUGAUGUAUGGCUAGGGGAUAUUCCUGUUGAGUAG